AUGGACGCGAUGCAGCUUCUGCUUGUACUGGCUAUGUUCGGUGUGGGCGCGGCAGUGGCGGUUUCGGCAGCCUCGGUUGAUCUGACCAUUGUGGUGCCAGCAUUCAACGAGGAGGAGCGGCUGCCGGUGCUGCUCAAUGACAUACACGAGUACGUGAGUGCGCGGCGCGCCGACGAGCCCAAGUUCUCGUUUGAGCUGAUAAUCAUGGACGAUGGCAGCCGGGACAAGACGUCGGAGGUGGCUCUGGAGUUUGCGCGCAUGCACGGCAUCAAGGAGAUCAGGGUGGUGCGGCAUGUAAUCAACCGCGGCAAGGGCGGUGCGGUGACGCAGGGCGUGCUGAGCGCCAGGGGAGCGUACAUUAUCUUCUGCGAUGCCGACGGAGCGACGCGGUUCAGCGACAUCGACCCGCUGUGGCAGAAGGCCCGGGCCAGCGAGCGCCAGGGCCUGGCAAUCGCCAUCGGCUCGCGCAACAACCAGGCGCUGUCGGGCACCGUGGUGCAGCGCAGCCACGUGCGGGCGUUCCUGCAGUGGGGGUUCCACACAUACGUGACGAUCCUGGGCGUGCGCGGCGUGCGCGACACGCAGUGCGGGUUCAAGCUGUUUAGCCGCGGGGCUGCACGCCUGGUGUUCCCGAACAUGCACGUGGAGCGCUUUAUCUUCGACAUUGAGAUCCUGCUGCUGGCGCGCUACCAGAGCAUCCCUGUGGUCGAGGUGCCGGUCAACUGGCAUGAGGUCGCUGGCAGCAAGAUGUCGAUCGUCCGCGAUUCGGUGCAGAUGGCGCUCGAUCUGCUGGCUGUGCGCCUCAACUAUCUUCUUGGCUACUGGAAAAUCAAUACACACUAA